AUGUCUCAAGAUAUUAAUGAAGAGAUGGGCGCUUUGGUGCUGCAAGAUGCUGCGCAGCCAACGAUGCAGCAGCUGAUGCAACAAAUGUUGCAUCAGCAACAUUUGUUGCAUCAGCUGCAAAUAUUUAUGCAGCAGCAGCAGCAGCAGCAGCAGCAGCAGCACCAGCACCAGCACCAGCAGCAGCAUCAGCAGCAGCCGCCGUCGCCGCCGCCACCGCCGCCGCCGCAGGAACAGAAGGAGCAACAGCAGGAGCAAAAUGAGGAGGCGGCAAGGCUCGUGCCCGCUGGUAUACCCAGCGCGGCAGGGGCAUGUCUGGCGGUCGAGGAGGCGACCGAGGUCAAGGAGGCUGGGCCCGAAGAGGCGCCGGGGUCCGAGGAGAUGGCUGGGCCCGAGGAAGCCGAGGAGGCGGCUGGGUCCGAGGAGGCCGAGGAGGCGGUUGGGCCCGAGGAGGCCGAGGAGGCGGUUGGGCCCGAGGAGGCCGAGGAGGCGGUUGGGCUCGAGGAGGCCGAGGAGGCGGAACCGGCUCUAGGCGAAGAUCCACAUAAAAAAAUCUAA